AUGCAGAAAAUUGUGUUCUUCGGUGGCACCGGUAUGACCGGCCAGUGUGCAGUACGAUACGCGCUGCAGAAGGGUUUAACCGUCCGAUUGCUUGUACGCAGUGAAACGACCGUUCCAGAAGAUUUUAAAGAAAAGGUCGAACUGGUAAAGGGUGAUGUAACGAACGUGCAGGACGUGAAGAAGGCCGUUGCAGGGCAGGAUCUGGUUUGUGUGGUGCUUGGAACGCGCAACGAUCUCAAACCAACCACGGCAAUGUCGGACGGUAUGACGAACAUUAUCACAGCCAUGAAGGAAGCUUCGCUGGAGACAUUUUCCGUCUGUCUGUCCUCGUUUCUGUUCAUGGAGCCGGAUAAGGUACCGGCGAUCUUUGUUAACAUCAACGGCGAGCAUCGGCGAAUGCUCGAAAUGGUGAAGGGCUGCGGUUUGAAAUUCCGGGCCGUGUUACCGCCCCAUAUUGCCGAUGAACCACAGGAAAAGUUUGCCACUGCAUAUGACAAAUCGCCCGGCCAUUCCAGAUCUAUUUCGAAGCUCGACCUUGGUCAGUUCCUUGUAGAUAGUCUGUUCGAUGAAGCACAUUCGUCAAAGGUUAUCGGCAUCUGUACAAUUAAGUGA